AAAGGAACCAGGAAGUGGCUGCCGGAAUUGGAGUAUCAGCUGUAGUUUGCAACGUCUGGGUGAUCUUGCUGAGUGUCAUCAAACCCAGGAUCACUCAUUAUGAUACUUGGUUACAGUCCAGUGUUGCAAGCGCUGUUAGGAACCUUCUUGACGUGGGGAUUGACCGCUGCUGGCUCAGCACUUGUAUUUAUCUUUUCCAGUGGGCAGAGACGAAUCCUGGAUGGGAGUCUAGGCUUUGCUGCAGGGGUUAUGCUGGCUGCUUCUUACUGGUCCCUUCUUGCACCUGCUAUUGAGCUAGCUGAGGACUCUGGGAAGUUUGGAGCCUUGGCCUUCCUCCCUGUAGCUGUUGGCUUCACGCUGGGAGCAGCAUUUGUGUACUUUGCUGACCUCCUUCUCCCAUGGCUGGAUAUCAGUGUGUCUCCUCAAACAUCACUGGCCUUAAGUUAUGAUUCAAGAGUGAUUAAGGAGAAAUAUGAGCACCAGGCCACAGAUCAUCAGGAGUAUGAAAAUGAACUGUCCAUCCGGAUAGGUAGAACAGCUUUACAUUCAGACAAAGGUGAAAAUGGGGAACCGUAUCAGAGGAAGAAAGUUGCUGGAAAUAGCCAGCCGGAACAGUCAACACAAUCCCAGACCCUCAAAGACAGCCUUCCUGUUCCGGCAAGCGGCAGCUGGAGGCGGAUCAUGCUGCUCAUCUUAGCGAUAACAAUACACAAUAUUCCUGAGGGUUUGGCUGUUGGUGUUGGAUUUGGUGCUGUUGGGAAAUCACCAUCUGCAACUUUUGAAAGUGCAAGGAAUUUAGCAAUUGGGAUUGGAAUUCAGAAUUUUCCAGAAGGACUGGCUGUCAGCCUUCCCUUGCAUGGGGCUGGAUUUUCAACAUGGAGAGCAUUCUGGUAUGGGCAGUUAAGUGGCAUGGUGGAGCCCCUAGCUGGCAUCUUCGGAGCUUUUGCCAUGGUGCUGGCAGAGCCUCUCCUCCCGUAUGCUUUGGCUUUUGCUGCCGGGGCAAUGGUAUACGUGGUGAUGGAUGACAUCGUCCCAGAAGCACAGAUCAGUGGCAAUGGGAAGCUGGCUUCCUGGACCGCCAUCUUAGGAUUUGUGGUUAUGAUGUGCCUGGAUGUAGGACUUGGAUAACAAUAAAUAAUAUAUUUUCUCAAAUUGACCUUCAAAGUAUAUCAAAACGGGAGAUAUUGCACAGAAGAAGUUGCAGCUGGACCAUUGUAUUUUACAUUAUUGUACAGAACUGAGCUGGCACUGAUUUAAUUACACUGAUUUCUAAAACAAUACUAUUCAUAUAUAUGUGGAUAGUAUUGGGAAACACAGGAAGAUUCUUUCUGCAUUUGUUCUUUUGCCCCCAAUUACUUCUGCUUCAUCAAGGCUGUUGGUAUGAAGCACAAUCAUGAAGAUGUUUCAAGAUGUUUUUUAUUCUUCUCAUUGUUGAGGCAGGUUUCCAUACAUGUAACUGUCCAGUGUGAUCUGUGAUUGAUGGUCUUUGCGGUAUGUAUUGUGUUUUAUGGACCAACAGAGUGGGGCAGCCUCAAAGACCUUCAAGGCUUACAGUAUACUGUAGGCUUCUAUUGACACACAGUGACCAACAAGAUGGGUAUGUUGAGUCUUUUCUUCAGGGAUUUGGAAAUAUUUAGCUUUGUAAGUUGCUGAAAGAAAUUGUAUUUUUUAAAUAAUCAGGAGCAUAAACAAAAUCUUAGGAGGUUUACUUGGAGAGCAAGCCUGGGUUGUUAAUGUGCCCUUUACUCAUCUCAUACUAAACAGUUCUCAGCAGUAAGUCACUGAAGGUGGAUCAGAGUCUCUUUGUAAUGCACUCUGGAUUGUCAUCACAAGUUGCAAAAGGCAGUAGAAUUUUCUUUCAUUGUUUAAACCAACAAUAACAUACUGUGUCUGUUCCAAACAUUUUUCCACCUUUGGAGCAUAAAUGGGAAGUAGUCUUGUGUUAAAAAAAAAUAUUGAGGAAUUGCUCUGUCCUUCUGAUGGGCAUAAGGAUGGGACGUUAAUAUAAAAAAAUCAAUUUUCUAACAGUCUGGCAAAUCUACCAUAAGUGUGUGCCAAUGCCCUUGUAUAAGAAGAUACUAUAUAUCCAUGAGGCUGUAUAGUCAGAACAUAACUGAAGGACUUGACAAUUUGACAGAUCCAGCAAGAGAAUAUAGUAUGUGUAUGUGACGUACAGUACUUCUGACUCAGGACUGCUUGCUUUUCAUCUCCAGUAGCUAUGCUUCCAAAUGAAACCUUAAGAAUUGUGCUUGAAAUCCUUCUUCCCGGGUGUUAAAAUGGGGUUCUUUAGAAGAUGCAAAUGGAUCAGUAGUGCCAAAUGGAUCAAUAGUGCCAAUAGUGGCCCUAUUCCUAGCCUACCAUAGUGGUAAUUAGUGGGCUUUUCUCACAAUUCUAGUGUUCUAAGAGAGACAGAAUAUAAGAUGGUUGUAUGUGGGCCUAAGUGAAUACUCUAGAGUAAAGGUUUCUAAGAACCAUGCAACUUCCACUAACAAAUAGGUAUUCAUAAGUGAAAUUAAAUAAAUUAUAUGGAAUUGUUUCUUCAUUUUGGGGAAGGGGUUUGUUACUGUGCACAAAGCCUGGUACAGAAUGAUGUUUGUAAUUGAAGUGAUUUAUUUUAAAUUCUGAAUAAAAAGGGGGAUCCAAAAUGUA